GAAAGCCUCAUCAUCUUCAUCACCAAUCCCCAUUCCUUUCCGAUGCGACGAACCUUAACAGACACCGGGUCGGGUCCGCAGUUUUCCUCGGGUCGUCCUCGCAUCUAAACCCUAACUCAACCCACACGAAAUUGGGACCGGAAUUCCAAUCCGAACCGCCCAAAUCCAAGUGCCCACUGUAAUUCAACACAAUGCGUCUUAAUCUGAACCAGGUGGAAAUUAGGGCUUUUUGAUUGUCAAUGUUGGUGAUUUUUCGGCAUUGUACGAGUUUUGGAUUCAGUUGAGUAUCGUGAGGAUCCCGUCUUGAGGAUCCGGUGUAUGACAUAUGUCGAAAAUGUCUUCAUGUUCGAAUGAAGAAUCAACCGAAGUUGGGUGUGUUAGUCCUCAGAAGGUUGUUUCUGCUAGUGAGAAGUUGAAUGAGGAUGAUGAAAGUGCUUUGAGAUGCGAAGAGGAAGUGGAAGAGGAUGAGAAUGAGGAUGAGGAUGAGGAAGAGGAUGUAGAUUUCAAUCCUUUUCUUAAAGGAGCUGUUUCGCCGGAGGCUUCUUCGAGUCUGAGCUCUGAAGUGGAAGGUAUAGAUGGCGAAGUUGAUGACGUCAGCGGAAACAAUGGUGUUGAUUUGAAUGUGGCUUGUGAGGAGGAGGCGUGUGCUACCGAAGAUUCUGAGCAAGGGGAGGAAGAAAUGGUUAUGCAAACUGGUGCUUCGUCUGAAGACGUGUCGGAUAAUGAAUUGGGAAACUUUGAUUCCGGAAUUGAACAUGUGGAAGAAAAGGAUGUUACUGAAGGUCAGUUGAGUAGCAAAGCGGACACCAGGACGUCCACAAUAGAUCUAGAUGAUGAGGGUGAAGAUGCUAUAUGUAAACGUACACGUGCCCGCUAUUCCUUAGCAAGUUUCACACUUGAUGAACUGGAAACUUUUCUUCAAGAAACAGAUGAUGAUGACGACCUCCAAAAUGUUGAUGAUGAAGAAGAGUACAGGAAAUUUCUCACCGCCGUUUUACAGGGUCGAGAAGGUGAUGACCAGUUGACGAAAGAAAAUGAAAAUGCUGCUGAUGAGGAAGAUGAGGAGAAUGAUGCAGACUUUGAAUUAGAACUAGAGGAGCUUCUUGAUAGUGAUGUGGAUGAAAAUACUAUGGAAAAAAAUACAGUGUAUGGGGGAGCUGGAAGGCGACCUAAGACUAGGCAGAAUAGAAAGUCCUCCGCUCGAUCUAGGAAGAACUUAGGACAGACAAAGAGGUCAUUGCGUCCGCUUUUACCAAAUUUGCCACAUUACCCAGUUUCCACUUUUUAUACUCAGGACAUGAUGACUUCAAUACCUGGGACGGCUUCAAGCUGUUUGUCUUCUACAAUAGAUAAUCGUUUUAAAAGUGGAUUCACUGCUCCCCAGAUAGGCCAGUUGCACCAUUUGAUCUAUGAACAUGUGCAGCUGCUUAUUCAAGUAUUUUCAUUGUGUGUACUUGAUAACUCCCGGCAACAUAUUGCCUCCCAAGUUCAGAGAUUGAUCUGUGAGAUGCUCCACAAGCGCAACGAAGUACUGGCAUGGAAAAAUGUACCAUAUCCUAAUAUUUGCUUUUGUCCAUCAGUGCCAACUGAAGCACCUCAAUCCCGGCUGAUACAGAGCACCUUACCGUCAUCCCUCACAUCUGAUGUGCAUACAGCGUCUUCUCCUUCCAAUAAUCAGAUUUUAGUUUCCCCAAAUGUUUCUCCUUUCUGGGUACCUUCUAUAAGUGGUCCUGUGCUAUCUGUCCUGGAUGUAGCUCCGCUUAGUUUGAUUGGGAGAUACAUGGAUGAUAUUGAUACCGCUGUCCAGCGGAAUCAACGGCGUUACAGGGAAACUAUUUCUGAUAGUUGCCUUGAAAAAGAGCCUCUGUUUCCCCUUCUUAACUUCCCAUUACGUGAUCAAGCCAACUGUGAAGUUGUUAGUGGGGUGGGUUCCUCAGCUGUCAAUGGGAGUCCAUGUUCACCUAGUCAACCACCUAAGAAGUCACUGGCUGCAGCAAUUGUUGAAAGUACCAAGAAGCAAUCAGUUGCUUUAGUUCCAAGGGAAAUCGCAAACUUGGCCCAGAGAUUUUAUCCUUUGUUCAACCCCGCAUUAUAUCCCCAUAAGCCACCCCCAGCAGCUGUCACAAAUCGGGUGCUUUUCACUGAUGCAGAAGAUGAAUUAUUAGCAUUGGGGUUAAUGGAGUAUAAUACUGAUUGGAAGGCUAUCCAACAACGUUUUCUUCCUUGCAAGACAAAGCACCAGAUUUAUGUCAGGCAGAAAAAUCGUUGCUCAUCAAGGGCACCAGAAAACUCCAUAAAGGCAGUUCGGAGGAUGAAAACCUCACCUUUGACCGCAGAAGAGAUAUCCUGUAUUGAGGAGGGACUCAAGGCUUAUAAAUACGACUUGAUGGCCGUAUGGAAGUUUGUUGUCCCACAUCGAGAUCCAUCCCUGCUACCCCGGCAGUGGCGCACCGCUCUUGGAACUCAGAAAUCAUAUAAGCUGGAUGAAGCAAAAAAGGAGAAGCGGCGGUUAUAUGAUUUAAAAAGAAGAGAAAAUAAAAAAGCAGAUAUGUCAAGUUGGCAAAGUUCAUAUGAGAAAGAGGACUGUCAGGCUGAAAAAUCUUGUGGAGAAAACAACAGUGCAGAUGGGCCCAUGGAUAAUGCAGGUGAAACUUACGUUCAUGAGGCCUUUUUAGCCGAUUGGAGACCGGGUACUUCCAGUGGAGAGAGAAACCCUCACCCUGGUAUUGAUGGACAUAAAGAAGCUCCUCAUUCCCAGACCGGUAAUAUGCACCAAUUUCCAUCUGCCUCAAAGUAUCCACAGAAUCCUUCAUCUCAUAUGACUGGAGUCGGACAAUAUGCAUCUAGUGCCACAAAACUGAGUCAUCCUGUUUCGACCUCAAGCACCUCUGGUUCCCAGUUUUGUUAUCCAACACAUCAAGCUCGUAGAACUACUGGUGCACACUUGGUUAAACUAGCACCAGACUUGCCCCCUGUGAAUCUUCCACCAUCCGUUCGUGUUGUCUCACAAUCUGCCUUUAAAGGAAAUGUACGUGGGACAACUUCCCAUGUUGCUGGUGCUGGAGGUGGUCUUGGUGCCACAAAAGAGAAUGCAGUUUCUCAAGUUGGAAGGUCUGGAACCUUUAAUUCUGUAGCAGCUAGACAGAAUAAAAGCCAGUAUGCGAAAGAAAGUGUUACAAAAUUGCGCCCAGAAGAGACUAAUAGUUUCAAGGAAAAGCGUGUAGAGAAAGGAGGAGAUACUGGUUCUGAUCUUCAGAUGCAUCCUUUGCUGUUCCAACCCCCUGAAGAUGGACGUUUGCCGUACUACCCAUUGAACUGCAGCACUAGCAAUUCCGGUUCUUACAGUUUUCUAUCAGGGAACCAGCCUCAGCUACAUUUAACUCUUUUACAUGAUCCUCACCAAGAAAAUCAGGUUGAUGGUCCUGUCAGAACAUUGAAAGAAUCCAAUGUGAUAUCACGCGGCAUUGAUUUCCAUCCACUUAUGCAAAGAACUGAGAAUGUAAAUAGCGUUGCAGUAACAAAAUGCUCAACCGCACCCCUUGCUGUUGGUUCACGUGUCCAACAUCCUUCUAAAUCCUUUCAGACUGAGGUUCCAGAGGCUACUGGCGCUAAACCUAGUCCUGAUGAGGGAGGUAUUGAACUGGAUUUGGAGAUCCACCUAAGUUCUACAUCCAGAAAGGAAAAGACUUUGAAAAGUAGGGAAGUAAGUCAUCAUAAUUUGGUUAAAUCAAGAACUGCUCCUGGUACUGGGACUACAAUGAUAGCUCAAAGUGUGAAUUCUCCAAUUUAUAUCCAUGCUGAAAAUUCUUCUGCAAGUAGUAGCAAGUUUGUUUCUGGCAGUAAUACAUUGGUUAUACCAAGUAAUAACAUGAGUAGAUACAACCCAGAUGAAAUGGGUGACCCGUCUCAACCUGAUAUUGAGAUGGAACAGGAAGAGUUAAGCGACUCUGCUGAAGAAAGUGAAGAAAAUGUUGAGUUCGAGUGCGAGGAGAUGGCAGAUUCUGAAGGAGAGGAAGAUGGAUCAGCAUGUGAACAAAUUGCUGAGAUGCAGAACAAGGAUGUUGCAAGUUUCACAAAGAAAAGACCUGCAACAGCAGAGGGUGAUGACAACAUACACAUUCAUAGAAUUCCUUCCUUAGAGUUGGGUUUAUCAAAUCAAGGAAUGGAUGAUGUUAGUAAUUCCUCAUGGUUAAGUCUGGAUACAUAUUCAGCAGAUCAUGCAGACAGCAUGACUAGUGAACCCCUUGCUGUGAAAGAUCUAGUGUUACCUCGUCCUGUCAAAUCUUGUAAGAAAGUGAGACUGAGAACACGAGCUAAUUCACAGAAACAAGUGGUGGACAUGGCGCAACAACUGAGCUUGGGUCCUCUAGCACUUCCCCCUGUGAGAAAACCCAGGAAACGGGUAUGCAGACCCAAUUUGAACAUACGUUUGACUGUAGAAAACUCCAGCAGUGAUAACUAACUUUACGGUUCUCAUUUAUUUAUUGCUUAGUUGAUUAGUAUAGUCUAGAAAUGAGCCAUUGCUUCUUGGAUUCCCACUAACUUACCUUAUAGCUAUAGCCCAAGAAACCAAAGACCGGAGGGUCUGUUUUUGUAGAUGUAUGAAUCGUGUACAUACAUUUCUGUAUAUAGCUAUAAAGUUUUUCC